AUGGAUCGGCAGGAGGACCUGGAGGCUGCUGGGAGUGCUGCCCAAGUGGAGGAAGAGGUUGCUGAAGUGGCAGAGAUUCCUCAGAUCGCGGUUGCAGUGGAUCAGCCCGAGCAGGAGGGUGCUGUGGUUCGCUUUGGGAGGUGUCGGAUCCUCAUCUGCGGGCACAGCAUGAUCUUCUGGGCCGCCCAUCAGGCUAAGAGGACGCAUUUGGGGUCCCAGCUUGGCCUCAGUCGAUGGGCGCAAAUUGAGUGGCAGGGCCGUCGGGGCCUGCGGUGGCCGGGCCUGUUGCCUCUCUUGUUUGGGGGACGGUGUGCACCUCCCCCGCAUUUCUUAGUGAUACAUUUAGGUGGGAAUGAUUUAGGUUGGGUCAAAGGUAAGGCCCUUACGCUGCAGGCACAGGCCGAUUUAGAGUUUAUUGGGCAGCGUUGGCCCGGGGUCCUGAUAAUGUGGUCAGCCAUCCUCCCACGUCGUGUGUGGAGGGAGGCUUUGGAUCACGAAGGGGUCGAACGGGCUAGGCGGAAGGCCAAUAAGGCUAUGUUUAAGGCUUUGGGUGCAGGGCUGGGGGUCUAUUUGCCCCAUCCCCAGAUUAGGGACACGUAUGCUGACCUUUACCGGGGAGAUGGUGUCCAUCUGUCCUUUAAGGGCAAUGAGAUCUUUUUGAAUGACUUGCGGCAAGGGUUGUGGUUAGCCCUGCAGGAGAUGUGGGGCGUUAGGGCCUAAGCAGAGGCUUGGCCCUAACGGUGGCAGGUUAGCCGGGGUAGGCAGAGCGGGCUGGUGAGCACCCGGUGGCACAUCCCCAUUGGUGGGGAAUGGGGGUCUGUCUCGGAUCGGCUGGCGGGCUUUACGGCUGCCAGCUGAGAGGGCAGACUGCCCUGGGACCCCCUGGAAAAGGCCUUCCCUCGGGCUUUACGGCUGGGGUGUAUGGCGCUUUGAAGGGGGGAACCAUUCGCCUGGCCGGCUGGGUUACAGCCAUGCAUUGCAGGGCUCGCGCCUAGGGCAGGGGGUUGCUCGCCCAUGCAGUAUCAGGAGCUGGUCAGUGUGACCUUCUCGCUCGAACUGUACCGCUAGUUACACCCUUGCCGUUACUAGUUCCUAGUUUAAAUUAGAUUUGUUUGGUCAAUAAAUGGCCCUGUUUCACCCAAGCCUUGUGUCCGUCUCUUCUU